AUGACUAUUGCUGCAUAUGCGUAUGAAACAAAUGAAGCAAGAAGAGCACAUGAACUAGUAAACGAAAACUCAACUUUAACCAUUGAAGGCAAUGAUUUAGUCAUUGACGAUGGAAAAACUAAAAAAGUCAUUGAUUUCGAUACUUUUAACACUUAUGACCCAUUCAUUACAACAAGCAAGGUUCCUAUCAUAAAUGAUGGAACGGUGCAAUAUAUAAAUUCUACAGUAGAUGCCUCAUUAGUGAAAGUACUGAAUGUUCUCAUUGAAUUGUUAAAGAGCUUUCGAUUUGACGACAACAUUAAAUGCUUAAAGAAUUUAGUCAUGAAUGAGAAACAAAUUCUUGGCGUUGCUGGUAGCAGUAAUGAUGUACACCUUAUGACAUUAGAAUAUUAUAACGAACAUAAAGAUGAACUGAAAGGAGAGAAGGGUGACACCGGACCUCAAGGACCACAAGGAAUACAAGGAAUACAAGGAAUACAAGGACCUCAAGGCGAAAACGGUUUGGAUGGAAAGGAUGGAAAGGAUGGAAAAACUGCUAAAUCAUGGAUAUGGGACCUUAUAAAUACUGGUUUAACAGCUGCUUCAUAUGGAGUUCUUCAAUACCAAAUCGGAAAGAUAUGGGCAGUACUUGGUGAAGAAGUUUUAAAUGACGUUAAAAAUGCUUUGAACUUCAUUUCAAAUGGUUCGGAUACUAUUAAAACUUUAUCUGGUUGGAUGCAAGAAACAAGGAGUCAAAUAGAUACUGUAAGACGUAUAGCAAACAAUGCACGUACGGGAUUGGAUACUUUACGACAAGCACAAAAUACACUAAAGGAAGCAAAUGAUAUUCUUGGCUCAGUAUCAGACAUGCAUGAAGAUUGGCUUAAAGGUAUUGACAAAUCUUUAAAAAAUCACAGUCAGUCUAUUGCUGACUACAAGAAAAGUAUAGAUUUUUUACAUAGUGCUAUGGACGUACAUGAUGGAAGCAUAAGGAACUUACUUAAUGCUAACAAUAACUUACCAGGAACUAUUAAAGCAUUUAUAAAGUCCUUUGUAAAACCCGGUGCUCUAACAUUUAGGUCUUUGAGAGCAAGAGCAUUGAAGUCAAGAGAUGCAGAAACUCCAACAGAAGGAACUGAAACAACAGAAACUCCAGAAGAACCACCAAAACCAACAGCUAAUGAAAUAUUGUUCGAAUAUUUUCCAAGGUACUCUGUUCUCAUUGCAUACAUUCAAGAAAUACUUAAGAAAGCAGACUUGACUUUAGGAGAUGAUGAAAGUUCUGUAUAUCUUUCGUUCCAGUUUCAAAUAGCAGAACUUUUGAGACAGAUAUGCUUAAUGUAUGACAACAUCUCUGAUUUCACAAGAUAUGAUGACGACCAUGACCCCGAACACGGUGAAGAAGAAGUUUUACAAACAUCCAUUAAGACAGGAAAGGUUUUAACACAAAGUCUCAUUAUUGACACCAAAGAUGGCGAAGUGGACGUUCUUCAAGAGCUGAAGAAAAAUACUUCUUCGGGAGGUGGUGGUAGGCAUGAACUUGAAAUAAAUGAGAUAGAAGAGAAAUUAGCCGAAAAAGCAGAUAAAGAACAUAAACACAAUAUCUCCGAUAUAAAUGAACUUCAAGCUACAUUAAAUAGUAAAGCGGACAAAAAUGAACUUGA